AUGAUUAAUAUUGAACAAGCCUCGGCGUUGCUACUGCAUGGGAACUCUAAUGCAAGUGAUACAAAUCAUGGAUCUGCCGAGCGUCCACUUGAUGCAGCAGAAAUCAAUCAAAUGCUUCUGAACUUGACAGCUGAGAUGGGGAAUCUAAAGAAAGAAACAGGCAUUAUUCGUGACGAGAAAAACUUGCUUCAAAACAGGGUAUUCUUUUUGGAAGCGGAGUUAAAUAAACUAAAUGCGUCAAAAACCCCUUCAAGUGAAGAACUGGCCAUGUAUUUGAGCAGUACAAAACAAAUAGUCCAGACAUUAUCGGCAAACGAAGAAUAUGACAAAAAUCUAACGUCCCGAUUAAACGAAGCAGCAAAAAAGCUGGAGAACCUUGAGGUCCAAAUGAGAUAUACAAGUUUAUCAUUGCUGGACAUCCAUGCCUUGACAGAAGAAUUAAAUGGGUCCUUAGUCAAACACAUCGAAGAUAAAAUAAAUGUUUAUGAGCAGCUAAAGAGUUUUAAAAGUGUGGCCAUCGGGGAACAAAAUAAGGAGAUUUGCAGACUCUUUUGCAGAAAUGGAUUUAAAUUCGCUUAUUCAAAGUGCUGUAUCAAAAAUUCUUUUAAAGAGUGGAAAACAAUUAACAUUACUAAAUUUGUAGACUUGUCUCGGAGAGUAGCGUUCACAGCUGGAGUGACAUCUGAUAGCAGGUCGUGGAACAGUGGAACCUUGGUGUACAAUAAAGUCAUUAACAACGUGGGAGGAGGUUAUAACCCGAACACCGGAAUCUUCACCGCACCAGUAGAGGGGGAUUACGUGUUCUACGUCAGUAUCCAAAGUUACGGUAGCUACAGUAUACGUGUAGACAUUGUCCUAAAUGGAUCUAGCAAGGUCCGAGCAAUGGCUUACGCUACAAACUCUGAUGAUCAGUACGAGACAGGUACAAAUCUGGUGACAUUAAGGCUGCAGCAGGGGGACACGGUGUGGGUUAAGUGCUAUGAUGGGCAAGGUUAUUACACCUUCAGUGACGCUCCUAUCACCACAUUCUCUGGAUUCCUGAGAUAGGAAAUUUACAGAGUAAAUAUAACAGCAGUUGAACAGAUAUAAUUGUAAUUAAGAAAGAACAAA